CAAUGACAAAUGUUGAAAAGCUCACCCGCUACACCAGGGAAGGCUUCCUGCAUCUGGGGGCUCUGGGGACCACCACUCUCUUGCCGGACACCCGCUGCCUUGUGGACAACUCUAAAAGCCGCUUUCCCCAACUUCUUGACUGUGACAAGGUCAAGAGCAGCCUACACAAGCGAUGGAAUUUCAUCCAGAACGGAGCUAUCAUGAAUAAAGGGACAGGCCGCUGCCUUGAAGUUGAGAGCCGGCCCAGCAUCGACCUUAUCCUCCGUAGCUGCACAGGGCAAAGAUGGACAAUUAAAAACUUCAUAAAGUAGAGCACUGUCCUCCAGAACCUGCUUUGAC